UCAUGCUACGGGUAAUUGCUAAAAUUGAUUUAAGUUCAUUAGAGUUAAUGCGAAUACGUGAAAGUGUAUCUGCAACUACAUUUUGUUUUCCUUGUACGAAUUCUAUGUAGAAAUCAAAUUCUUCCAGAUCAAGACGCAUUCUAGUCAAUUUAUUUGAUGGUUUUUUCAUGCCAAAGAGGCCUGUGAUCUGUUUUGACUUAAAAUCUACAUCCAAAAAGAUGAUGAUCGAGUUGCACUUUUUGUUGCCAACGAACGGAAAAAAAUAAAUAAUUGAAGAAAUUUUUCUCCUCAAAAUAUUUGGUAAGUAAAUAAGGAAACGACAUUUAUUCACUAUUACUUGUGGAUACACUGGAAGAUAAACUAAUGGCGUUUUCGUUUUUGACUCUGCACUACACCAGUGUAGUCGGUGCUACACUCAUUCAAACCUGAGUGUAAUCAGUCUAUCUCUUUUUUUGCACUACACCUGUGUAGCACCAAGAACAAACGAAAGCGCCAUAAGACUAAUUUAAUUUCUACCACUUUUUAUAGAAUAUUUCUGCUGCCUCUGCACUCCUUGCGGUCGUUCGAUUCCGUUCACGUGGCUUCGACGUGCUGCCUCGUGGAUCGGCAACUCGUUGGUAGCGAGCCGCGUGGCUUGUUUCGAUAUUCCACCUGUUGCUAUGGGCCUUGGUUGCCUCUAGAUGACCUCGCAUCUGCGUGGUGACUUCAGGAAAGUUACGAGAUCGACGACUAAAGAUUCAAUCUUGGCAAAGGAGCUAGAGGAAGCAAAAAGGCGUAAUGCGUCGUUGAUCACUAAAUUGAAAAAGGUCAAAUCCGAUAACAAAAGAUUGGAGGAAUCUAUGGGUGAUAGAAGCUUUGUUCGACUAAACUCUACGAUGAGGGUUGAUAACUCUGAAAACGAUCAUAACUCAGUUCUCAAGUCUUCUAUGAGCAACUUAUCGUUUGCAUCUCUUAAUAUUCCGGAAUGUAAGCCUGUCGAUGGAGAAAAAGAAAUUGAUCGCAAAUCGUUUGAGCAGUGGAAACACAUGUUGGAAGCGUCGAUGCAGCUGGCAGGGGUGAUCGAUGAAAUUACAAAAUUUAACAUAUUCACGAUUAAGGCGGGUGCGAAACUGUUGGACAUCCUUGAGGGAACGGUUUCGCAUUUCGAAACUCCGGACAUUGAUACAUUUCCAUAUGCAAAUGCCAUUCAGCGCUUAAAAGCUUUCUUUGGUUCACGCGAUUACAUUUUCAUGCAGCGACAGAAAUUAAGAUCGCUUAUGCAAAACCCUGGAGAAAGUGAUGUUAAAUAUGUCAAACGAGUCAUUGCAAUAGCAAAAUUAUGUGAUUUCAGCGAUAGUAAUUUAACUGAGCAAGUGGCCGAUUCAAUUCAACUGAAUGCCCUCAACCGUAAGAUUCGUGAAGUUGGAAGAAAAAUUUUGCGUAAAGGUGGCUCGCUAGGUGAUCUUCUGGACAAAGUGCGUACUCUGGAGAUGGAACAACUAAACGAGGAUUUAUUCGAAAAGCAUCACCAUCAAGCAGCGCAACUGGCGGUAGCAGCUGUCAUAGCGGAUGGACAAAGAAACCAACGUGGUAGAUAUGCCGGUUACGACAAUGCAAGACAUCAUCUCAACACACAGAAUUACAAUGGUGGAAUAAACGAUGGCUUCGGCAAUAUGAGGAAUGACGUACAGCAAAGAAUUUCUGGUAAUUGGAGACUGGCCAGAGGAGGAAGAGGAAGUCGCCGAGAGUUUCCCAGAAAUGCGUCGUCGCGUGUUCCGUGCUGGAGAUGUUGGAGCAGGCAACAUCAACCAUCAGAAUGUUAUGCGGUAAAUCAAGUUUGUAGAAAUUGUCACAUUAAGGGGCAUUUUGAACGUGCGUGUCACCAACAAGGAUUCAAGGUACCAUCGACUGGACCAACUAAGCGUCGAUUCAGCAAUGACAAUAAUGAAACUCAGAUGAGGUCUAAGAAAAUCGCUACAAUCGAGAAAGAUGAAGUGGACUCAGCGAAUGAAACUAAGCAUUCCAACUUAUGUUCAAUUAAGACUGAUGCAUUUAUUACCGAAGGAAUAACGAGGAUGGUUGAUGUAAAACGCGAUACUCAAAUAUUAAGUAAAGUAGAGGUUAGCUCAGAAGACAAUGUUACAGGCGCGGGUAACGAAAGCAUGACAAGCUCAGAAUCAAUUAUGAAUUUUGGCGAGUUCUCGUAUGAUAUGUUUAACAAUGGAACAAUUAUGGCACAGGUAGCAGGGGUACAAAUACCUUUUUUAAUCGACUCUGGAGCAGAAGUGAAUACUGUAGGGAGCGAUACGUUCGAUAUUCUCUUGCGUGAUAAUUCAGCAAAACUCGAGUUAUUCUGCAUCACGAAAGGCAGUGACAAGACAUUAAGAGCAUACGCGAUGUUAGACGAGAUUGAGGUGGUAGCAACAUUCGUAGCAGAGUUGAUCAUUAGCGACGAUCGGCCUCGAUACAUGGAGAAAUUUUAUGCUGUAAGAAAUGCACGGGCAUUACUUGGUAGAAGUACCUCUUUACGUUACAGUGUACUACAGCUGGGACUAACUGUUCCAAUUCGCUCAGAGUCCCAUUUUUUCCCGGUAAAAAUUCGAACACUGUUAGUAAAAACGGAGUUUCCAAAGUUCAAUAUGGCUCCCGUUGUUAUAAACUACGAUAAGAGUAUGUCACCUUCUAGAAAGAUUUAUACAAACAUUCCUCCUGCAUUUAGAGUCGAAACUGAACGUCGUCUUAAUGACCUUUUAGAGUCAGGUAUAAUCGAACGUGUUACGGAUAAUAUGGAUAAAUCAUACUGCUCUUCACUCUUGGUUGUCCCCAAGGGAAAGAAUGAUAUACGACUAGUAGUUGAUCUUCGAGGUCCCAACAAAGCAAUUAUUCGUAGUCCAUUCAAAAUGCCGACUUUGGAAUGCAUUAUGGCCGAUCUACCAAAUUGCAAGUGGUUUUCUACAAUUGACAUGACUAGUGCAUUCUUCCACAUAGUGCUUGAUGCUAAAUCACGCCACUUGACUAAUUUCUUUGCUAGCGAUGGAAUGUAUCGGUUCAAAAGGCUUCCAUUUGGACUCACAAAUGCACCGGAUAUAUUUCAAGAAACAUUACAAACAGUGGUACUUGCUGGUUGUAAAGGUGUUCGCAAUUACCUGGAUGACGUACUCGUGUUCGGAAAAACAAAAGAAGAACACGAUGAGAAUCUGAAAGUAGUCAUGGAAAGGCUCCGGGAACACAACGUAUGUAUUAACCAAGAGAAAAGUGUAUUUGCACAACAGUCGGUCAAAUUUCUUGGGUUUAAAAUGUCCGAAGAUGGUCUCGAAGUUGAAGAAGAAAAGAUAAAGGCGAUUCGAGAGUUUCGGCGUCCGGAAACUCAACAAGAGGUUAAAAGUUUUUUGGGACUUAUGAAUUUUACCGAACGUUUCAUUUUGUGUAGAGCCGAAAAGACCGAACACCUUCGACAACUUGCCAAAUCGGAUUAUUUCUAUUGGAACGAUGAACUGUAAAAAGAAUUUGUGUUUAUGUAGGAGGAAGCAUUGAAUACCAUCUCAAAGUUAGGCUACUUUGACGCAAAUGCUGAUACCGAGAUAUACGUUGACGCUUCACCAGUUGGAUUGGGUGCAGUACUCGUACAAUUUAACGAAAAGAAUAUUCUAAGGAUUAUUUCUUGUGCAUCUAAGGCGUUGACAGAAACAGAACGAAAAUACCCACAAACUCAGAAAGAGGCUCUCGCAAUCGUUUGGGGUAUUGAGCGAUUUACAUUUUAUCUAACAGGUAAAAAAAUUGUGGUGCGCACGGACUCAGAAGCAAAUGAAUUUAUUUUUGGAGAGGGUAUCAAAUCUAGUAGACGUUCUGUUUCGCGAGCGGAAUCAUGGGCCUUGAGAUUGCAAUCGUAUGAUUUUGUUAUUAAACGAAUUCCAGGAGACUCAAACGUAGCAGAUGCCCUAUCUCGGUUAAUUUGUAAAUCACAGGUCGAUGAGCUAUUUGAAGAAGAUGACGGAAAACAUCUGCUUUAUUCAGUGGAUGUCGGAUUAAUGAACAUUACUUGGCAGGAUAUACAACUUGAUUCUGAGACUGAUGUAGAAUUACAGAACAUCAGGGCAGCGAUUAAAUCAGGUUCAUGGACAAAAGAAUAUGCACGCUACGAAUCACAAUCGAAAGAUCUCCGAGUGUUGGAACCACUAGUGUUCAAAGAGGAUAAAAUUAUACUUCCUACUAAGUUGCAUAUUAAAGCAAUUCAAGAAGCUCAUCAAGGACAUAUCGGAUGCCCAGCCAUGAAGAGAAUACUUAGGACCUAUUUUUGGUGGCCAGGAAUCAGUUCAGAUGUCGAGAAAUUCGUUAAAAAUUGCUUGACUUGCGCAAAAAUUUCGAGAAAAGGCCACCUAUCCCUCUCUCUAAUCGUCAACUUCCGGAGGGUCCGUGGGAAGUUUUACAAGUUGACUUCCUCACUGUACAAGGAUGUGGAUAUUCUGAGUUCAUGGUACUAGUGGACACCUACUCGCGCUUCAUUUCGGUAGUAGAAAUGAAAUCAACCAAUGCUAGUAGCACAAUCAAUGCUUUGCAGAAAAUAUUUGUAACCUGGGGACUACCAUUGAUUUUGCAGAGCGAUAAUGGACCACCUUUCCAAAGCGCUGAGUUUGUCGAGUUCUGGGAGGCUAAAGGUGUGAAAGUGCGAAAAUCAAUCCCCUUGUGCCCUCAGACGAAUGGGGCAGUAGAGCGCCAAAACCAGGGUAUUAUAAAAGCAUUGAUGGCAGCAAAAUUAGAUGGCAUUAGUUGGCGGAAAGCACUGCAAGACUACGUCCAUUUUCACAACACGAUGAAACCUCAUGCUAGACUUGGUGUCACACCCUUUGAGCUACUGGUAGGACGAAGAUACAGGGGAAUGUUUCCAGUAAUAUUCUUGUGUAGUUGAAAUAAUUGCGAAGUGCUCAACUCUGGCAGUCCUCAUUAACAUUUUUCAUGUUAUGACCAACAAUGCGCAUAUUCGAACUGUUUAUAUCCAAUGAAAGCUGUGGUGGAAAAUAUUAAUAUUAGUAAGAAAUACAA